AUGAUUUUCUGCAAGACGAAGGGGCACAUCGCAAGUACCAAGAACUCAUUGAUGGAAGAUUUCAGCAAUAAAGAUCUUGGAGAUCUCAAGUACUGCCUCGGGAUCGAGAUUCAUCGCAAGCGCGAAGAUGGAACGAUCAAGAUGAACCAGAAGGCGUACACCAAGCGACUUUUGGAGAAGUUCGGCGUUGAAAACUGCAAGGACGUGCACACGCCGGCGGACAGAAACUCGAAGCUGAUCAAGAUGGGUCAAGAGGAAGUGUUUGUACCAAAGUACCCAUACCGUUAG